AUGAUUCCAAUCUACAAAGAUUGUGAAUGUUUUGAUGAAUACCAGUUUCUGCCUUGGAGGCUGAAGGAGAAUGUGGAGCUGGGGAGUCAGCGGGACCAGCGGCACCAGGCUGGGCUGUUGAACCAGGCUGAGAGGGAGAAGGCAGGGAGACGAAGGCAAGAAGCCGAGCAGAGGAAGGGCCUGCUCCACAGGUUCCCCAGGAGACUCCAGGAGGGGCAGAAGCGCACCUGGAAGGAAGACACGGAAUCUUGUGACUAUGUGAGGACGACUAUCGUGGAUUCGCCACCACGGACGGGUGUGCUGGACCUGCUGUUCACCGAAUAUGGGUACAUCGUAGCUGCAUGUGGUGACGACGACACGGUCCAGCGUUGGAAACUGGCCAUCUCCUGCAUGCUGGAAAUAUGGCUGGAUUAUUAUGGGGACGACUUUUGUCAGCUCCCCGAAUUUCCCUCCCUUAUGAAAAUUCUGCAAUUCGUAAGACAGCACAUGCCAGGUUCAGACGUGGAACUCCGUGCCCGGCGUAACCUCCAGCAAUUCAGACGCCUCCAUACAGUGGAGCCAGAGGCUGGGGCUUCAGCCCAAGGAAAACACCCUGAAGCAGCUCAGGAGCAAGUCCCAGCUGAGACCGUGGGGACUGCUGCCCCGUCGGGGCCUGCGGGGAUCCAGGCCGUCCCGGCCGCUGGGGCUGAGGGCUCGGCCCGCGCUGAAGCGCCCGCUGGGGAGGUGAAGCCCCUGCAGAUAGUGGUCACUGCUCUAGUUCACUGCUCAGCCCUGGAGGAGCCCCCUGCACCCGCGGCCACCCCAGAGGAGGAGCAAGCCCCGGCACCUGCAAUCGGGGUCCCCAGAGUGCCAGAGCCGCCACCUGCAUCUGGAACAACUGGCUUCGACCCCUGAGCUCGCCCCAGCUCCCAACGCAGGGCUCGUGGUGGCUGCAGCCCAACGGAGGCUUGCCCUCCCCUGGCAUUUCACUGUUUCUAUAUUUUCCAUUUUUCUUUAACCUUUAACCUGUAUAAUGGCUUAUGAGUUUUAUUGUAAUAAAGGAUAAGUUAACUUCACAC